AUGAAUUAUACAGUUGCCCCUCAUCUCCACUAUUUCACCAUCCCUCUUGCCGAUUUCAUGGCCGCCAGGCCAGAAAUCGAAGGGUUUGGGGUCGGCGCGUACAUUUUUUCCAGGGCCGAUCCCACCCCACGGAUCCUGCUCUUGCAGCGUGCAGAAUCGGACUCCAUGCCAGGAUGCUGGGAGGGCCCGGGGGGUGCAUGUGAACCCGAAACGGACCAAACGUUACUAGACUCGCUGGUACGCGAAACUCAGGAGGAAAGUGGUUUACAUGUCUCUCACGUUGUUGGACUAGUCGCAGUCGACUGCUGGGAGCAUCACCGUCGCAGCGGAGGCAGAAUCAGAAUUGCCAAAUACUCGUUUAUUGUUGAAGUCCAUGAGAGUUCCCAACUUGGAAAGACGACAGAGCCCGUGCCAACUGUUCAAAUCCCCGUCCAGCUCGACGCGACGGAGCACCAAGCAUUUGACUGGGCUACAGAAGAGGAUGUUCAUCUCUCUGUGAAGACCUCCCGGGGCCCAUACAAAUUCCCAUUACAUCCAAUGGGACAUCAGGCACCCAACAUUCUGAGGGCUUUUGAACUGGUCGAAGGGAAAUCGGAUGCGGCAUGA